AUGAAUGGUUUAACAAACAAACUUUUUAGAAAAAACCUUACUACUAGAGCAGUAUCGUCAUUUAUAAAUAGUAGAGGCACUGUCCUUAGUAGUUUUAAUAGUUCUUUAAAUAAUAGUAGAAAUAAUAAUAAUAAUAAUAGUAGUAAUAAUAAUAAUAAUAGUAUUAUAAAUAAUAGUAGAUUUUAUUCAACAAUUUCACCAACUUCAAAACCUAAUUAUCAGGUUAUUUUUUUUAAAUAUUCAAGAAAAAUACCAGUUCAUCACACAAAAAUCGAAUUUGAUAAAGUUAUUGCAUUGGCAGAUUCUGGUUUUUUAAGUAAUGCAGAAUCAAAUGUAGUUCGUGUUUUAAGAAAUCUUCAAAAGGAGGUCGAUAUUUCAUCAUCAUUUUAUGGCUACCCAUUAUAUGCCGCAGGUUUAGUUUCAUUAAAAAAAGGAAAAUAUGUAGCAGGUGAGAAGUUUUUUAGAAAUUCCCUUAGCAAAUACUCUGAUUAUGAUAGAAGUUAUGUUUACAGAAUCGAGACCACAAAUGAUUUAGGUUUAAAUCUUUUAAGACAAGGUAAUAGCCAAGAGGCAGAAAGAUAUCUCCUAGGCUCCUAUAAUUUAGCUAUAAAAUAUGAAGUUAAAUUAUUACCACAUAUUUUUACAAAUAUUGGCGAAUACUAUAAAGAAUUAUGUCUUUAUGACGAUGCAAAUUUCUAUCAUGGAAAUGCAAAUAGUCAUUUAAUAUUACUUGCAUCACAAAAUGCAAAUAGUGGAAUAGAUUUAGCAAGAUGUUAUUUAAAUAGAGCACAAAUUUUUAGAUUAUUAAAUAAAAUUGAUGAAGCAGAAAACUUUUUAAAUAUGGGUUCAGAAAUUUUAAUUCAAUUCUUUAAAGAAAGAUAUAAUUCUCCAAUUCCAAAACAUAUGGAUUGGUCUAAAUUAUUAUUGGAAGUCGGUCACCUCUACUACGCCAAAGGUGAAUAUAAAAAAGCCAAAAAGAAAUUUAUUAGCGCCAGAAACCAUUUUAACUUAAUGAAAAACUCUAGUGUACCAGAUGCAAUUUUUAACACUCUAAACUUGGCAAUUAUGGAAUAUAAUCAUCCAACCCUCUCAGAUUCAGCAAAAUAUAUUAUGGAUAUUUUAAAUAAGGUUGAACCAUUGGUUAAAGAAUUUGCCACUCAAACCUCAACUUUGAGAAUGAGCAAAGUUUAUAUUGCCAUGAAAACCUUACAAUACUAUUGCCAACAAAAAGAAUCAACCGCUUCAAAUACUACUUCCACCAAUGCCAUCAAUAAUACUACUGCCACUACUACCGAACAACCACAACAAAAGAACAAAUUUCAAAAAACAAAAAUUUCUCUUUUUGAACCACACCAUUUCCAAUUAACUUUUGUUGAAUAUAAAGCUCCACUUCAACAAUAUAAUGCUUAA